AUGAAAAUCGAAACCCUGACCCUCCUCGCUCUGGCCAGUACAGCCACUGCGCACUUCCAUCUCGUCUCACCACCAUCUCGCGGGUUCAAUGCAGACACAAUGUCCAAUUUUCCCUGUGGCGGUCUAUCCCAAAUGACCGACAGAGCAAAGGUUCCCCUCUCAGGCUCAAUUCCCAUCGACCUGAAGCUAGGCCACACCCAAACAGCUUUAACCGUCCUCCUCGGCCUGGGAAAUGACCCGGACACAAACUACAAUAUCACCCUCCACCCAACCUUCGGUGUGCAGGGUGCCGGUGAAUUCUGCCUUGCAGAUGUUGAGUACAAUGCAAAGAUUCUUGGCGUGAAUGUCGUCAAUGGUAUGAAUGCGACCCUGCAGGUGCAGUCGAAUGGCGAUCCUUCGGGUGGUCUUUAUGCGUGCGCCGAUAUUCAGUUUGUUUCGAACGCUACCCUCGACAAGUCCUCUUGCUCCAAUGAUACCAAGCUCCAGGCCGUUGAUUUUACGGGCGACUCGGCCAAACGCACGGCGAAUGUCUCUACUGCCUCGGGUACUGCACAGGGAUCUGGGUCCAGUUCCAAAGAAAAUAGUGGACAAGGAUUGGAACUUGCUUCGUGGGGUGUUUUCGGUGCGGCCUUGCUGGGUGCUUUUGCGCUCAUAUAG